GUAUUUUGAUAAUUUUCAUCGUGAAAUUAUCUUUCCAAUUUCAGAUCGGAAAAUCAAUACCAUUAAUAGAGAAAAUGGAAGUGAAUUACAACAAAUCUUUUUUGGAUUUAAAUUAUAUGAGAAAUGGAACGAUGUUUAGUUUUAAUGUUACAACUUUUGUUAGACUUCAGAAUUGGUUCAUAGAUAGUGCAAUUUAUACUGCCAAUGAACAUGGAAAAUAUGAACCAUUCCUUGGAAAAGGCUCAACUGAUGUGUGCAAAUUUCUUGGAAAUCAAAAAGGAAAUAAAUUGACACGAUUACUGUUCGAACAAUUAAAAGGCGAUAAAAAGUUUCCAACAUCAUGUCCAAUCGAGGCAGGUUUUUAUUAUGUCAGUAAAGUUGAUUACGACGUAGAUACUUUCUUAACUCAGUACAUUUCGGACACUAAAGCUAUGAUCGCAUUGGACUUUGGCACAAAGAUUAACCGGAAAAUGAACUACUUUGCCAAUGCUAAAGUUUUCUUCGAGUUGAAAAAUCGUUUAAAAUGGGAAAAAGAACAACUUAAGAACAAAACUGAAGCUCAAAACAAAUUGAAGCAACAGAAAUCUUAACAUUCUAAUUGAAUCUUGGUAUUGCCUUCUGAACCAAUAAAAACAUUUCCAUCAUUAUUUUGUGAUGAUCACCUCAA